UGUGUUACUGGGAAUCCACGCUCCACCGAUGCUCGGUUCGUAUGUACCUUUAAGAUAAUUUGGACUUUGAAAAGAAAUCUAAACAAUAUUUCCUAGUAACAUAAAAAGUUAGUCUAACAACGUGACUAGUACUGUCACGUCUACCUGAAAUAUGCAAUACUCUGAAAUUAACUUGUUCAAUCAUUGAUAAAAACAUUCUGUUACUAUGACUAAGUUGCAAAAGAGCUGACAAAAUCCUCGAAAAAUUGAAAAUUGAUAAAUUUUUUACUGGCCGAAUGCUUUGAAUAAACAUGAUAUUGAUUAACUGUUUACAAUAUAUUUACAAAGCAUCAGUUAACUUCAGUAUUUCAUUUUUCAAGGUAAUCAUCCACCCAGAACAGGGUUUCAUGGACGUGGUGCAUGCGUGUCGUCUUGAAAAGUUCACACCGAGUGUUACCACAAAAAUCACACUCCCCAAAAUGAGCCACAAGCGUUCUGACAAGAGAUGAUGAUUAUGCCCAAAUUAAACGCGUUCGUCGCGUUUUAUCAAAGAUGUUGCCACAUGAGAUCCUGACAUUUCUACUGGUCAUUUUUACUGGGGUUGAUUAAAAAUAUCAAAAACAGCGAGCAUAAAUAAGGCAUCAUUUCGACUGUUGUCAUGACGAGUCGGCGAUCUGCAUAAAAUCUGGAUAUCUAAAAAGACGAGAAAUAUAUGGACGACGACGACAUAUAUUGCAAAAAUGGAGGAGCCAAAAGAUCGUAACAACUCAAAAGAUAUUUCCAGGCCCAUAGAGCUGGAUUUGGAUUUUUUAAUGCCAUCCAACAUCAGUGAAUCUAGUAAUCUUCAAUGCCUUAAGCUGUCUAAGACAAACUUAGAAGUCUUGAAAAUACCCCUGUCUACAUUUUGGAAUCUCAAAGUAUUGGACAUAUCCAGCAACAAAUUUACAGAAUUCCCUCUCCAGGUGUUUAAUGUGCCUAGUUUACAAGAGCUUAACAUCGGUCACAACUUGCUUAGUACUAUUCCUAUUGACAUCAACACGCUGACAAACUUGACGAUUCUUAAGGUCAAUGAUAACCGUUUCGAGGAAUUUCCAACUCACGUUUGUGACAUUCCCGCCUUGCAAAUAUUCGAUAUCAGCGGUAACAAGAUCCGCAUCAUCCCUUCAUCUGUUAGCAAAAUGGACAGUCUUAAAACGCUGCAUAUACAGAAAAACAUGAUUGAUGUACUUCCAGGUGCAUUGUGUGAUCUUUAUGAGUUAGAAUAUCUUGACAUGAGGGCAAAUCAUUUGUGCACCAUUCCCAAAAGUAUAAGACGUUUGACCAGACUGCAAACCCUUAAUAUCUCUCAUAACCAGAUUUCAGCUUUUCCAACCAGUUUAUGCAGCCUGUUUAGUUUGGAGAAUCUGGAUAUUGGUCAGAAUAAAAUAGACCGUAUACCAUUUGAGAUAAAGGAAAUAGAUGAACUGAAAACUCUUAAAAUCUCCAGCAACAAACUAAUUGAAUUUCCAGUCGAAUUAUGCCAUUGUGAAAAACUGGAGACACUGCACAUAGCAGGCAACAACAUUUCGUCAAUUCCCCCUGAUAUUGCAAACCUGCAGACACUGAAAAUAUUCGAUAUACGACAUAACAGGGUGAGCUGCCUACCGUAUCAGCUCCUGCAUCUGAAAGCCCUAACAGAACUCUACGUCAUACCAAAUCCAUUAACACAGCCACCAGAGGCGGUAUGUCAGAAUGGGAAAGGCGCCAUUUUUCGCUAUCUGAGAGAGGUGAGGGAACGCAAGGCCAUUGUGGUGAACAGGCUGCAAUUGAACUUACUUGGGGUGACAGGGAGUGGCAAAAGUAGCUUAUCCAGGUCUCUACAAAGGGGAGAAUCGUCGCUGACAGCCGAAGCAGACAGGACCCAGGUGAUUGAGCGAGGGUCAUGGGAACCGGACAGUAAGGUUGCUUUCAAUAUCAACGACUUUGGGGGUCACGAUGUAUACAGAGUGGGCUAUCCUAUAUUUCUUCAUAAAAAUGGAGUUGCCAUCAUCACUUUCAACCUGUCUCAGUAUCAGUGCGAGGACAACUACUAUAUGAAACAUAUUGGAGAAUGGAUACAAACAGUCCAGUGCAGAGCACCUGGUAUCUACAUCAUAAUUGUAGGAACUCACCACGACCUGGUUGGUGAUAGAGAUCCUGACAUGCUGUGUCAAGAUGUCCGCCAUCGUUUCAAACAACAAGCAGAUUGGAACAUGGAAUGGUUACGAAACAGAGUUGACGCACACGCAUUUCAAGGGAGAAGGGUUUCAUAUUUUUCCAAUUCCCAUGUGAACAUCUUCACGAUCAGCUCAGCCGAUAUGUUUGGAAUGGAGAACCUCUCGGCGUACCUGGUUCAGUUAGCCAAGCUGAGAGGAGUCUUCCUCCCUGAGGCCUGGGUGGAUGUGAUGAAUGAAAUAGAGAGGAUGAAGUUUGAACCUACAACCAACACUCUGACAGAGGGGGUUGUCAGAGAAAUUGUAAAAGUUGAGGUUGCACGUAGAAAAAAGAAAAGUGCACGCCAGGCAGACGUUUCCAUAGAGGAAGAAAACAGAAACCAGAUUUCGCGAAUCGUAAGAAGAAUGAUGUGCUGCACAAGUCUCUUCCAUGAAGAAGCCGAGGAAAUAAAUCAAGUGGCAAGUGGUCCCCAAACCCCUCACGAAGACGACGAAGAUAUUUCUCCAGCACAAGUGACAUAUGUGGUGCAAGAUGUCCUUAAUUAUAUGUCAAAUACUGGUGAAGUAGUGUGGUUUGAUUCCAAUACAGCUCUCGGAAAAGUCAUAUUCCACAAGCCGGAAGUCUUAAUCAAUCUCCUCAAAUCCGUCCUACACCAUGAUUUUGAGGUUAAAAAGAAGGCUCUGAAGGAAAAUUACACCAAACAGAAAUUUGAAGAGAUAGUAGACAACCUUGAGAUGAGGGGUAUUAUUGACGAGGAUGUCAUGGAGUUUCUCUGGCAGUCCUUUGGGGUUCCUGGCAUUGAAAGGGAUGCCAUGAUUGAGCUUAUGACAAAGCUUGACCUGAGCUAUUUUGUGGAUGAUGCAUCUGUAGCAAAAAGAACCGGCGCAUUCCAUUUCCCAUGUUUACUACAACAGAAUGAACCAUGUGACUUAGAGAGUUCGGGCAAGUGGCCGGCCAGAUUGCCAAGGGGGGUACUACUACAGUUGACCCUCCAGAUUCACACACCCCACCGAUGUCCAAGCGACGUGUUCGAAAAGCUCUCAGUCAGAAUCCACAAGUAUCUUCAUAUGUUCGACAGAAGACGCAUCGACUGGAAUAAUGGUGUCUAUGCAGUCACCAGCCGUUGUAAAAUUCUCCUUACGCGUCACAGCGAAGAGCGAGACUGGGUAAUCACGACAAAUGUCAGAGGGAAAGAUCGACUCGCCAUGUGGGACAUCCUGCUCAAGCUCCAUCAAGACCUCGUCGACAUUUUGAAAAAUGACUGGCCGGGUGUUUUCUACAGCAAGCACCUGCUGUGUCCACACUGCAUUGAAGAAGGCAUCCCCUCCCCCACCCUUUUUCCUGGAGACAUCUUGGACCAACCAGACUACGUUCCACGCGUGAAGGUCUUACCAUGCAGAAAUGCGCCCCCUCAAACUAUCAGCGCAACGCACGUGUACCCAGCUCUGGCAGGGAGAGACGGUGUGCUGAAAGAAAACAAAGACCGACUGCGGCGAAACAGGGUGACGUUGGUUCAGUCGGUUACUGAACAGUGCCUUCUGGAGGUACUGAAUAGUCUUACAGCACAAGCCAGAGAAAAGGAGAAUAUAAUGAAAAUUGCCACACAGCAAGAGCGGGUUGAGGAGUUUUUGGACAUUUUGAAAAACAAAGAAGACAGAGCUUUUUACAUAUUCCACAAACAUCUAGAGAGCAGUGGACAAACGCAUUUGGCUGACCUAUUGCGUCCAAGAGAGGAAAUCAUGGAUGAGCUACCGAGUGAAUCCGAAGACAACGAAGGUAGAUUGAGUCGCGCCCGUAAACGUGUUCGAAAUGUUGCGUCUCGAGCUGCAAGCGCAUUUCGCAUACGCCGUCGGAGCAGAAGGAUUGCUCCUUCCGCUCGAGCUGAAGAGCUGGAAUCUGAGGUACCAAAGGGUCCGAAUCAGACAAAUAACUCGAAUAAGAGCAGUGCAGGGAGUCCUGCCAGUGAGCGGACCCCCACACCAGAGCGGGCCGAAUCGACUUCCUCUGUGGAAGAGGAGAAUAGUCUGGAGAAGACUAAAGCAAGACUGAGAGAGGCACAAGAAAGAUAUGAGACAAAGCAGGAUGAAGAAAGGGUGGAAGAGAUACCCAAGGAGGUCUCAAGAUGCCAGACCCUGGCGUCUAUCCCACCCCAGCCAAUCCUGGGCCGGAACCAAGACCUGUAA